AUGGAGAGAGUGACCCUGGCCCUUCUCCUACUGGCAGGCCUGACUGCCUUGGAAGCCAAUGACCCAUUUGCCGAUAAAGACGAUCCCUUCUACUAUGACUGGAAAAACCUGCCGCUGAGCGGACUGAUCUGUGGAGGGCUCCUGGCCAUUGCUGGGAUCGCGGCAGUUCUGAGUGGCAAAUGCAAAUGCAAGAGCAGCCAGAAGCAGCACAGUCCUCUACCUGAGGAAGCCAUCCCACUCAUCACUCCAGGCUCUGCCACUGCCUGCUGA